GACGUCAGACUCGCGCCACUUCUUGUACCGCGACCAGGGGGAGAGCUGUAAGCUGCAAGUGAAUGAACGCUGGUCUCCGGUGAUAGUAAACCGAAUAAACCGUGAAUUUGAACCGUCUUUUUGGUUCUUUUGUGCGUUUUUGGAUUUCGAAAGCAAGUUAUCUCGCGCGAGGGUCUGCAGUUAUGUCUCGUAAGGAUUACGCGGCAGAGAAAGACAAAUGCAAAAGGUUCCUGCAGGAGUUUUACACGGAGGAUGACAAUGGGAAGAAGGUGUUUAAAUAUGGAGCUCAACUUGUGGCGCUGGCUCACAGAGAGCAGGUGUCUUUCUUUGUGGAGCUGGAUGACGUGGCCGAGGAAUACCCCGAGCUGGUUGAAAGUGUCUGCGAGAAUGCCAAGCGCUACACGGACCUGUUCGCCGACGCUGUCCAUGAGCUGCUGCCAGAGUACAAAGAAAGAGACAUUGUGGCCAAGGAUUCUUUGGACGUGUACAUUGAGCACAGGCUAAUGAUGGAGCAGAGGGGUCGCGACCCCGCAGACACCCGAGACCCUCGUAACCAAUACCCACCUGAGCUCAUGAGGAGAUUCGAGCUGUACUUUAAGUCUCCCACCACCGCUAAACCCAAAGUGGUGCGUGACGUGCGGGCGGACAGCAUCGGGCAUCUGGUGGCAGUUCGAGGUAUAGUGACUCGAGCCACCGAGGUCAAACCGAUGAUGGCUGUGGCUACGUACACGUGUGACCAGUGUGGUGCCGAGACCUAUCAACCAAUCCAGUCCCCCACCUUCAUGCCCCUCAUCAUGUGUCCCAGUCAAGAGUGCGUCACCAACAAAUCCGGAGGCCGACUCUACCUGCAGACCAGAGGCUCCAAAUUUGUCAAGUUCCAGGAGCUGCGUAUUCAGGAACAUAGCGACCAGGUGCCAGUCGGAAAUAUUCCAAGGAGCAUGUCGAUUUACGCCCGUGGAGAAAACACGCGUAUUGCUCAGCCAGGAGACCACGUUGCCAUCACCGGAGUCUUCCUCCCUCUGCUGCGCACAGGAUUCAAACAGGCUACUCAGGGUCUUCUGUCAGAAACGUACAUGGAGGCUCAUAGCAUCACACUCAUGAACAAGACGGAGGACGAUGAGCUCGGCAAUGAGGAUCUGUCCGAGGACGAGCUGCGCAGCAUCACAGAGGAAGGAUUUUAUGAGAAACUAGCCGGCUCGAUUGCACCAGAGAUCUACGGACACGAAGACGUGAAGAAGGCUCUGCUGCUGCUGCUGGUUGGAGGAGUGGAACAAGCUCCUAAAGGCAUGAAGAUCAGAGGAAACAUAAACAUCUGCCUGAUGGGAGACCCAGGAGUCGCCAAGUCCCAGCUGCUCUCCUACAUCGACCGUCUGGCUCCCCGAAGCCAGUACACAACAGGUCGCGGCUCGUCUGGCGUCGGUCUGACUGCGGCGGUGAUGCGCGACCCUCUGACCGGAGAAAUGACCCUGGAAGGUGGAGCCUUGGUGCUGGCUGACCUGGGCAUCUGCUGCAUUGACGAGUUUGACAAGAUGGCAGACGCUGAUCGCACAGCCAUCCACGAGGUGAUGGAGCAGCAGACCAUCUCCAUCGCUAAGGCCGGCAUCAUGACCUCCCUCAAUGCCCGCUGCUCUAUUCUAGCAGCCGCCAACCCCGCCUACGGCCGCUACAAUCCCCGAAAGAGCAUCGAGCAGAACAUCCAGCUGCCAGCCGCUCUGCUCUCCCGUUUCGACCUCCUCUGGCUGAUCCAGGACAAGCCCGACGCCGACGCCGAUCUGCGUCUGGCCCAGCACAUCACCUACGUCCACCAGCACUGCCGCCAGCCGCCGACUCACUUCACCCCCAUCGACAUGAAGCUGAUGAGGCGUUACAUCGCCGUGUGUAAGAAGCGGCAGCCUGUGGUGCCCGAGUCGCUGGCAGAUUACAUCACCGCCGCUUACGUGGAGAUGAGGAAAGAGGCCCGAGUCAGCAAAGACACCACCUUCACCUCUGCCCGUACCCUCCUCUCCAUCCUCCGUCUGUCCACGGCCCUGGCUCGCCUCCGCAUGAUGGAGACCGUGGAGAAGGAAGACGUCAACGAGGCAAUGAGACUGAUGGAGAUGUCGAAGGAUUCGCUACAAGCCGACAAGUCCAACGCCACAAGGACUCAGCGCCCGGCCGACGUCAUCUUCUCUCUGGUGCGUGAGCUCUCCGCGGAGGGCGUGGCCGGCCGCGGUGGAGCUGGUGGGGUGGUUCGCAUGGCCGAAGCAGAGCAGCGCUGCGUCUCCCGUGGCUUCACCCCCGCCCAGUUCCAGGAGGCGUUGGAGGAGUACGAGGAGCUGAACGUGUGGCAGGUGAACCAGGCUCGCACCCGAAUCACCUUUGUCUGAAGAAAGCGGGGACACUUUGGUGCAUGUUGUGUUUCAGCCACCUGAGGGGUUUCAUACGGACUUGCACACGGGCUCUGCUGUUUUCCUGCUCUGGUAUUUUGUAGCAAAAGUCGAGCUGAAUCUGGACACUUUUUAAGCAUGACUACACUGCAAGACUCCCCGCUGCUGGAGACCUAUAGCUUUUUUUAUAUCAAGCUUCCUGUUCACCAGUUAAACUCCUGUAAAUAUGUACGUCAGAAUUUAGGAUUGUGAAGCAGUUUAAAGCUUUAAGCUUCUAGUUUCUUUGACACAAAGUAUUUCUGUAUAUUUUUUACGCUGUGAUGCUAAAUUAGGCCAAGUAAAUUAACGUUGAGCCUUGUAUUGUGACAUAUAGUUAUAAUAAAUUGAUGGUUCAAUAAUAA